AAUCAACACUCCCACGCUUGCACGCCACAGCGAUGAUGCGUCACUUACCAAAAUGCCCACGCAUAGGGCCGCUAUCUGCGGUUCGAAACACGAAAGAGCUAUGGCAAAUUGGGAUAAAUAUAGUGGCAGUUUAGGCAACCAAAGAAAAUAUACAAAGGUCGUAAUAGACGGGAGCCAAUGAUACUCUAACAAAUCCGAGGGAGGGAGGAAAAGAAGACGAGCAGAGGACCUAACGAGAACCUGUAAUUUGACUCCUCGGUGUGCGGUGGCCGGAACACUGGCAACCCGAACUCGCCGGAGCUACGGACGGUUUUGGCAGAUUUUGGAACGCAUUAUGUGGCUUAAAGUGGCAGUAUUUGUAUGCUUAUUCGCGUUUUCAGGCGGCAGAGAACUGAAAGUCAAGCACUGGGGUCAUCUCCCCAGUUACAAUCACUCGCUUGCCACAAUAUUGGUGGAGUAUGCUUCUGCUGUGUACAUGUCAGAUUUAACCGAACUAUUCAGUUGGACAUGCCCAAGAUGUGAUGAUAUGACUGAGGGAUUUGAGAUGAUUGAGCUGAUUGUCGAUGUCCAGCAUUGCUUACAGGCAUAUGUGGGGUUGGCAAUGGAUCUUAAUGCUAUCAUAAUUGCAUUUAGAGGCACUCAAGAACACAGCAUACAGAAUUGGAUUGAAGAUCUCUACUGGAAACAGCUUGAUUUAAAUUACCCUGGCAUGCCUGAUUCAAUGGUGCAUCAUGGAUUUUACUCUGCUUAUCACAACACAACCAUACGUCCUGGCGUUUUAAAUGCUGUUAAAAGAGCAAAGCAAUUAUAUGGUGAACUUAACAUCAUGGUGACAGGACAUUCAAUGGGAGGGGCUAUGGCAUCCUUUUGUGGACUUGAUCUCGCGGUUAAUCAUAAAGCUCAGAAUGUUCAGGUUAUGACAUUUGGACAACCUCGUAUUGGAAAUGCUGCUUUUGCUUCUUACUAUAGCCAAGUCGUGCCAAAUACAAUUCGAGUCACAAAUGAACAUGAUAUUGUGCCUCACCUGCCUCCAUAUUAUGCUUAUUUUCCACAGAAGACAUACCAUCACUUCCCAAGGGAGGUGUGGCUUUAUAACAUUGGAUUGGGAAGUCUAGUUUAUGAAGUUGAAAAAGUCUGUGAUAGUUCUGGUGAAGAUCCAACUUGUAGCAGGUCAGUGGCUGGGAACAGCAUCUCAGACCAUUUAGUGUACUAUGGUGUUGAAUUAGAGGCCGAGACAUGGGGUUCAUGCAGAAUUGUGAUGGAUCCUGUCAUGGCAAAAUAUAGCAGAGCAGAUCUUAGUGGCAAUUUUGUUUUAUCCAAGGAUCCUGCGGCUUUUAUUCUAGGAGUGCAUGCAGAGUCCGAUGGUGGGACAAACUUUGUUUAGGAUUUCUCGACUGCGGUACCUCUUGCAAGAUCCAUGUAGGAUAAUUGGGAAAUUUCUAUACCCCAAAUUGGCCUAUGUAUUCUUUUGUAUAUAACCCUUGCUUUAGGGGUUGCCCAUAAAUGUGGGCUGCUGUCUAUAAUAGUUGCUGAAAUGUGUAUAGUAAAUAUGAAAAUUAAUGAUGUGAUUGCCAGAUAACUGUUCUCACAA